UUCAGGUGACUAGUCCAUCUCACACAACCACUCUCUGACGCUUGCUCUUUCCAUCUCUCUUGCUCUUGUGUGUUUUAUAGAAGAGUGAAGCAAAAGAAGAAAAACACAAGAUCCCAAUGGCCUCCAAGCUGGUUCUGAUCUUAGUCUUCGUCUUUGAUCUCAUCGCCUUCGCCCUUGCGGUCGCCGCAGAGCAACGCAGAAGCACGGCUUGGGUAGUAGCUGACGAGGAGAAGAACUACACAUAUUGUGUGUAUAAUUCCGACAUUGCAACCGGAUUUGGUGUCGGUGCCUUCUUGUUCUUGAUGGUGAGCCAAGUACUGGUCAUGGUUGCAUCCAAGUGCUUCUGUUGUGGGCCACCCAUGCAGCCCGGUGGGUCCCGCGCUUGUGCUCUCCUCCUCUUGCUCUCUUGCUGGAUAACGUUCAUCAUAGCCGAGUCAUGCUUGCUAGCAGGUUCAGUAGAGAAUGCAUAUCAUACCCGCUACCGAACCCUCUUCAUCAACGACCCUCCGUCGUGCCAAACCCUACGAAAAGGCGUAUUUGGCGCUGGCGCAGCCUUCGCGUUCUUCACUGCUGUCCUCACUGAAUUCUACUAUGUUUGUUAUGCGAAAGCUCACGAUACUAGCCUGAUCUCGGCUUAUGGCAAGGAGCCUACUGUUGGAAUGAGCUCCUACCGUUAGAUUUAACAGUGCUGGUUGAUGAAAUGGGGUGUUAUUUUGGUAGUAUAUGGAUGAUGAUAAUUUUUUUUUCCUUUUCAUUUGUGUAAUAUUUUGUGUGAUGUGAUCAUUGGGUGGUUUAUGUGUAGCUUGUUUUGCUUUAUCUAAUGUUUAGUAAUUAAUUUCCCGCAUUGCCUGAA